CCUACAAGCUUCAACUAAGGGUGAAACCAUGAAUAUGGGCAUAAAAUUCAUCCCAUUGGAUACCCAUUUCCUGGUCUCUGAGCGAAGCAAUCUAGAAGUGGGAAAUGGGGGAUGCGCCUAAGCUUCACGCAAACUUGCGCUUCAAGCAAACGCGGGAUUCACCCAGACCACAACAUGAAAGACAACUAAGAAUUCGGGACACAUACACCAAGCAUUGUCAAAUCUAUCGAAAGCUUGGACCACAAUGGGCUCCCUCGAUACUUCACUUACGGAAACAGCCCCGGAGCUGCAACUCUCGCAUCCAAGCCCGGGCGAAUGUCAAACUAUCUGGAACAUAAUAUCUGAGGAAUGGAGAGAUGCACUGUCACUCGAUGAAUUCAUGGAGGAGUCCGCUUACCUCCUCACGGUACCACUUGCAAAAGAUGGUGGGAUGACAAUGUGGGUGCUUGUUGAGAAAGAUUCAGUUCCAGAUCAAAGAGCUAUCUUGGCUACUUGUGAAAGCUUUAGGGAGCGGGCCUUGGUCAGUACACCAGAAGGGAAGAUCGAAGAUGUCGUUGUGCAUGGUAUCGCGAGCGUGUUCUGCGAUCCUAAGUACAGAGGGAAGGGUUAUCCGAAGCGCAUGCUCAGCCAGCUCGCGCAGGUUCUUCGAACUUGGCAACUUGGAGCGGGCGAGAAGUGUGUUGGCAGUGUGCUCUACUCUGACAUCGGGAAGAAGUACUAUGCAAGUAUUGGAUGGAAAGCUGCGCCCAACAACACGCACAUUGAGUUCCCUGCUCAUCUGCAUCUAAAGUUAGAUGGGGUAAAGAUGCUGGAAGGGAAAGAUCUCGCUCAGUUGUGCAAAGAAGAUGAGGAAAUGGCCAGAAAGGAUUUGGCGAAACUAUCAACGACGGGACGGCAGCGGAUGAUGAUCAUUCCAGAUCACGAUCAUAUGCUCUGGCAUCACUGCAAGGUGAAAUUUGCAACUGAAAGGUUGUUCGGAGGGGUUCCCCGCUUCAAAGGUGCCAUCGUGGGCGAACCAGACUCGAGGAUUUGGGCAAUCUGGACUCAUCGUUUUUAUGAUGAUCCACAGCCCGUUCCAUCCGGAAAUGUACUACAUAUCUUGCGUUUAGUGAUCGAAGAUCCGGGGCGGGAUAGCGAAGUGCUGCAAGCACAGCUUCAGCUGAUCUUUCAGAGCGCCCAGGCUGAAGCGGCUUCAUGGAACCUGGAUGAGGUCGAUCUAUGGGAUCCUCAUCCGCGUGUGCAACGACUAGUGAGAAGGAUGGAUAUCGAACACGCAAUGUUUGAGCGGGAAGAAGAAGGAAUUGCGAGUCUGUAUUGGUACGAUGAAGAGGAAAAGGGAAGGCCGGAUUGGAUCGCAAAUGAGAGGUAUGCUUGGUGUUGAUCAGUCGGGUUGAGGUAGGAAAGGCAUGGAGCGAGGUGCUUUUCCCCCUCUUCACUGGUAACAGGAGUGUACCUUUAGUGGGAAA